CGUUUCUCUCCCCAACCGUGGAUUUCCUAUUACUCUCGUUACGACUCACUGAGCCCCAGGCCCAAGGAUAAUGAUGUGUUGUUUCUUGGUAGCAUAAUUUGUCACACGUAUAUUUCUUCUUCUUCUUCUCUUGCAGAAAGCACAGCUCCCUCUCAGACUCACACACUUCUUGUUAAUUCAGAAGAACAAAUGAUCAGCGACAACAAAUAACGUGAAAUAGACUAUAUGAGUUGGAAUCAAUGAUUAUUUUCGAGCAUCGACUAUAGACUUUAAAAAGGAAAGGAUUAUUUAAAGGGGAACAAAGGAAAGUCCGGUGAGAAUAUUAAGGACCCGAAGCUACUUUCUUUUUUCUUAAGUCAGGAGGUGUAAGCAGCUUCAAAGUCAUGUCCAGAUCGGGUGACCGAACCUCCACGUUUGACCCGACACACAGCGAUACGCUGCUGCAUGGGCUGAACCUACUGUGGAGGAAGCAGCUGUUCUGCGAUGUGACUCUCACUGCUCAGGGACAGCAGUUCCACUGCCACAAAGCAGUGCUUGCUUCCUGCUCGCAGUACUUCAGGUCUCUCUUCUCCACACACAUGCUGAGCAACGAGGGGCUUGUUGGGAAGGACCAAGGCAGCAGCGGCACCCCCUCCUCGUCCCCGGAUGACAAGCUCCUGCCCAGCCCGCGAUCCAUUAACAACCUAGUAUUGCAGGGCUGCUCCUCCAUCGGGCUGCGGCUGGUGCUUGAGUAUCUGUACACUGCCAAUGUGACCCUUUCACUGGAUACGGUGGAGGAGGUGCUCUCUGUCAGCAAGAUCCUCAACAUCCCACAGAUCACCAAGCUCAGUGUGCAGUUCCUCAACGACCAGAUUUCCGUGCAGAACUACAAGCAGAUCUGCAAGAUUGCUGCCCUGCAUGGGCUGGACGAGACCAAGAAGCUCGCAAACAAGUACCUAGUGGAGGAUGUACUUCUGCUCAACUUUGAGGAGAUGUGCGCCAUGCUAGACGCCCUGCCGCCUCCUGUAGAAUCCGAGCUGGCGCUCUUCCAGAUGUCUGUGCUGUGGCUGGAGCAUGACCGGGAGACGCGCAUGCACUAUGCCCCGGAUCUGAUGAAACGCCUGCGCUUUGCCCUCAUCCCUGCUCCAGAGCUAGUGGAGAGGGUGCAGUCAGUGGACUUCAUGAGGAGUGACCCUGUGUGCCAGAAGCUCCUGCUGGAUGCCAUGAACUACCACCUGAUGCCCUUUCGACAGCACUGCAGACAGACCAUGGCCAGCAGGAUUCGUUCCAAUAAAAAAAUGCUUCUCCUGGUUGGAGGUCUGCCCCCAGGACCUGACCGCCUCCCCAGUAAUCUAGUGCAGUACUACGACGAUGAAAAGAAAACAUGGAAGAUCCUUACACUAAUGCCUUAUAACAGUGCACACCACUGUGUAGUAGAAGUGGAGAACUUCCUUCUGCUAAUAGGUGGAGAGGACCAGUGGAAUCCGAAUGGCAAACACAGCACUAAUUUUGUCAGUCGCUAUGACCCAAGAUUCAACAGCUGGAUACAACUGCCUCCAAUGCAGGAGAGGAGGGCAAGUUUCUUUGCCUGUUGCCUAGACAAACACCUGUAUGUGAUAGGUGGGAGGAACGAGUCAGGCUACUUGUCCAGCGUGGAGGCCUAUAACCUGGAGAGUAAUGAGUGGAACUAUGUCUCGUCUCUUCCCCAGCCACUGGCAGCACAUGCUGGUGCUGUCCAUAACGGAAAGAUUUACAUCUCAGGUGGAGUCCACAAUGGAGAAUAUGUGUCCUGGCUAUAUUGCUAUGACCCAGUGAUGGACGUAUGGGCCAGGAAACAAGACAUGAACACUAAACGGGCCAUACAUGCCCUAGCUGUUAUGAAUGAUCGCCUCUAUGCUAUUGGUGGAAAUCACUUAAAAGGAUUCUCACAUCUGGAUGUGAUGUUGGUGGAGUGCUAUGACCCUAAAGCAGAUCAGUGGAACAUUCUCCAGACACCCAUCCUAGAGGGGCGCAGCGGACCUGGCUGUGCUGUUCUGGAUGACAGCAUUUUCCUCGUUGGAGGCUAUAGUUGGAGCAUGGGUGCAUAUAAGUCAUCCACUAUCUGCUAUAGCCCAGAGAAAGGCACAUGGACUGAACUGGAGGGAGAGGUGGCAGAACCUUUAGCAGGACCUGCAUGUGCUACAGUCAUACUGCCUGCCUGCCUGCCAUUUAACAAAUGACAGAACAUGGGGGAAAAAUUCAUAGAUCAAAAAAGCCCUUAGGAUGGAUGAAAAAUCCAUCACUAAACAAAAUGGUGCAGGAGACUGUCUAUGAGGAAUGCCCCUGGUCCGAUAGGAGGUGUACAAAUUAUUUUUUUACAGGUCUGACAAGAGCACUUUCUUUCUUUAAUACUUUUAAAGUUUUAAAAAGAACUACUAUUCGAUUUUAUGUAUUUGAUGCUCAUCUGUGUUGACAUUCAAAUGUUCACUUUGAUCAUUUUUUAUUGUAAAUGUUUUGGCUUAACUUGAUAUAGCACGCAUACUCUUUAACUGAACUUAUAGAGGUCCCAUUUGUACUUUCCCAUUUGUAAUUUUGUGGAAAACAUUAUUCAGAGGUGAUGCAAUGUUUGAUUGAAAUGUGUUUAUGUGCUGGAAAGAAUCGACAAAGGAUUGUGUUUAAUUCAAAACAAAACCAUGAUUCUGUGUACACUGUAGAAUAGAAUACUGUUUACUACACUCCUGCUUGUUAAAUAUUGUAGCCAUACAGUAUAUGGUACACCGUUUGUACAGAGGAGAGGGAUGAAGCAGUCAAAAUAAAGAUCCUCCUAGUAUCAUACAAACAAGUUAUGAGGAUUAAAUUGAAUGAACAAUCAAAAUAUUGUUUACUGAGCCAUGUGAUGUAUAUGCAUGGCCUGAACAAAGACCCUUAUGUUAUUAUUAUAUUUUAUGGUGGGUACAUUUGCUUUCUUUCUGAUUACCUGUUAAUGUUUAACAGUGCCUAUUUCUAAGACCAAUUUAAUUUUCCUCAUAUAUGUCAGAAAAAUUGUGGUUAAUAAUUUGUUUACUAGCUAACAUUAGUUAAAAUUAAAUUGAUAAAUUUAGUCUUUUGGUGAAAUGUUAAAUUUCAAUUUGUAAUAAGAUUCCAAUGCAGCACUGUUACUGGUUGUCCAAUUUAAUCAGGUAAAGUACACAAUAUAUAUUAAUUGUCAUUCUUGUAAAUAAUUGCUUUCAGUGGAAUAUUUUUGUGCCCAUAGGAUUUAUUAUCAAAUCCUGUUAUGUUAUUUACAUUUUAGACAACAAAAAAUAAA